AUGUCUCCCUCCGAGAACGAGUUUAAAAUCCCGGCCAAAAAUUGCCACAGGAUGGUGAUUCUGGGCUCUACAAAAGUUGGCAAGACGGCCAUCAUCUGUCGGUUUCUGAACGAAAGAGUCGAGGACCAGUACACGCCGACCAUCGAAGACUUUCAUAGAAAAUUAUACUGCAUUCGGGGAGAUGUAUACCAGUUGGACAUUCUGGACACCUCUGGAAACCAUCCCUUCCCCGCUAUGAGGAGACUCUCUAUCCUUACUGGUGAUGUUUUUAUCUUGGUGUUCAGUCUGGAUAACAGAGACUCCUUCCAAGAGGUCCAGCGCCUGAAGCGUCAAAUUUACGAGACCAAGUCCUGCCUGAAAAACAAAACCAAAGAGAACGUGGAUGUCCCGAUAGUUAUCUGCGGGAACAAGUGUGACCGGGAGUUUAACCGGGUGGUUCAGAAUGAGGAGAUUGAGCAGCUGGUGGCUGGUGAUGAACAGUGUGCCUACUAUGAGAUCUCUGCAAAACGGAACACUAAUGUCGACCAGAUGUUUCAGACUCUUUUUACCAUGGCUAAACUGCCCAACGAGAUGAGCCCGGACUCUCACCGAAAAGUGUCCUUACAGUUUUGCGAAGUACUGCAAAACAGCAGAAGAAAGUCAUUCAGAAAUAAGAAAUUCAAAGACGGGGAGGCAUACGGGAUUGUGGAACCGUUCGCGCGCCGACCAAGCGUGCACAGUGACUUGAGGUACAUAAAAGAGAAAGCUAUUGGCGGCGGACAGAGUAAACAGAGUUGCACCAUCAGCUAAGCAAUUUACUGACAAUGUGCAGGAUAAUUGUAACGAAAUACAACGAUAGGGAUGAUACCCGCCAGGCUUCUCGCCAGUGUGCGGAGUCCAGGACAACACAGCACCCCAGGGCGCAGUGACAGCAAGGGG